CUCUUGCUGUUUUCAAUGCUUUGCAGUUAGCCUUGACUGCAAGCGCGCGCAGAUCUCCGCAGCUGUGUUCAGAUUGAAUGCACGUGCGUGGGGAUGAUUGAGGGGGCGGGGUGAUUCGUAGCCAGAAGCUAGCAGAGAAGCCACGCUUGUAGUGUCCGAGUUGUUUCAGCCGUUUGUUCCCGCUUGCUUCGGCAAGGCCCAUUGGUAUCAUUGGCGACGGUGAUAGGAGCAGCACCAGCGUGCUUUCUGUGCCUUCCCUUCUCUCGCGGUGCUGCUCGGUUCGGGGUUUUCCGCCACGGGAGUUCAGCCUUUUACCUCACUUUCAUCACGCGGAAGAGGUGGGCAGAGCGCGAGAAGCGAAGAAGAGAAAACGUUAUACCAAUAGUUUCUUUGUUGCUGAACUUCAUUCAUAAACAUGAAGUGUUCAGAAGAAAAAUCAAACAUCCAAAGUUCCUCUCCUGACAGGAAUACUUAUGGGGGUCAGUUCCAGACUCUGAGGAAUAAUUUUGAUGAAAAACAAGAAAUAGUAGGAGCCAUUUCUCAGCAAACCAGGGGAAAGAGUUAUGGCUCUAAUGUCAGCAGGAUUAAAAAGUUAUUCAUGCAAAUGGGUACCAAACCUAGUGAGAAUGCUGAAGGAAUAACAAAGGUCAGAUGUAGAAGUAGUCUACGGUCAUUUGAAGGAAGAACUAAACCUUUUGAGAUUGUGGAGAAAGCUGAUGGAUCAGUUGUACAGUUAGAAACUUCUGUUUCAGAGAUAAUUACUAAAUUUGAUGCUAUACCUUUCAAAUUUACUGAAAAUAGGAAGGGGAUUAAAAGAAAUGAAACACAGCCUUUCAAUCACUCUUCCCCAAAGAAGGAGAAAACAGCCUCUGCUGAUAAAGAUGAAUGCUUUUUCCUUAAGUCCAUCAAAGGAACUGCCCAAGAAGAUUCGAUGGGCAGUUCUAGUUCAAAAUCAAGUUUCGGUUCUGAUCGGGGGAAUGCUGGAGCUGAAGAGGAUGAAGAAAAAGAUAGUGAUGAUAACAGCUGUUACGAUCAUGACAAAGAGGACUUGGAAGUUGGUGGCUUAUCAGAAGAAGAGGAAACCCCAGCAACCAGAAAAAUUAAGUUUAGUACAGCUCCAAUUAAGGUUUUCAAGACAUACUCUGAUAUAGAAUACGACCGGAGAAAUGAAACAAUUGAUCCAAUAUCUUCAUCAGCUGAGUAUGAAUUAGAAAAACGUGUAGAAAAAUUGGAUAUUUUCCCCAUAGACAUUGAAAAAGAUGAACAAGGAUUUGGCAUUUCUGUUAUCGGUAUGGGAAUUGGAAUAGAAACAGGUCAUGAGAAGCUGGGAAUAUUUGUAAAAACUAUUACAGAACAUGGGCCUGCAGAAAAAGAUGGCAGGAUCCGAUUAAACGAUCAACUUAUAGAAGUAGAUGGUGUCAACAUGGUCGGUGUUUCACAAGAUUUUGCUUCAACAGUUCUCAGACGUAGCACAGGACGAAUCCGGUUUUUAAUAGGCAGAGAAAAAGCAGGACAAGUAAGUGAAGUGGGUAAAUUGAUUAAGCAGACCAUAGAGUAUGACCACCGCCAGAGAGGCCAUCAUUAUGCACAGUAUGAAGCUGAUGAGGAUGAGAAUGAAGAAGAGACAGAGGAAUAUGGUGCUGAUGAAGACAAUGAAGAUUUUGGGGCAGCUUAUCCAAGAGAACAAAAAAACAUUCAAUUCUUUGAUUGUCCUGAAAAUGAUAACAUCCUUUCUCCAGAAGAAAUAGAGACAUUGGCCGAAAAAUUUAAAGAGUUGCAACUCCGGCAUACAAUUACAGGAACACAGGUUAAGCAGCUAAAAAGAAAGCUGCAGAUUGCUGAAAAUGAGAAAAUAAGCUGGCAGGUGGAAAGGAAAUUACUUCAGCAGAGCAUUAAGGAAAACAAGGACAAUAUGGCGAAAAUCGAGGCUUAUUGGGUUGAAGCACAAGAUCUGUGCCAUAAUGUAAAUGGACAUCUGAGAGAGUCACAAGAGCAAUAUCAGACCUUGGAGAGGAAAUACAACAAAGCUAAGAAAUUGAUUAAGGAGUUUCAACAAAAAGAACUUGAGUAUCUGCAGUACCAUGAUGCUGACAAGCAGAAAAUUGAAGAUCUGGAAAAAGAUCACUUUCUUGAAGUUCAAUAUUUACAAGCUCGGAUUAAAGAACUUGAAACAGAAGUGCUCAGGCUACUGAGGCAAAAUGAAGGCCAGAUCAACAAUAAUAACAUUUUUGAACAACAGACCUUUGCUGGAGAAUCCUCAAAAGGAAAUACAGCAGAAAAGCUUGAUGUAACUUACCUGGAUACCUUACUUCAAGAAGGAGCUAUAAAGGGGGUUGAUUCUGAUGAUGUAUUCGAUUUCAAUGAAGCAGUCCCUGAAACAGAAAGAUUGGAUUCUAAAGCUCUGAAAACUCGUUUGCAGCUUUCAGUGAAAAACAAAAGGUCACGGCCAAUCCGAACAAGACUUUGUGACAGCAUCAGCUCCACAGAUGGAGAAGACAGUCUUGAAAAGAAGAAUGAUGACUUCAGCCCAAGCAGCACGAGUUCAUCUGAUUUGAGUGGCUUAGGGACAGGAUCAAAAACCCCAGGAUUUUCACAUUCCACAGUUGUAUCUUCUGAUGAGAGCUUGGAUAUGAUUGAUGAUGAGAUUCUUGAUGAUGGACAAUCUCCCAAGCACAGCCAGUUUCCAAAUCGUGGUGUUUCAGAAUGGAGUGUGCAGCAGGUCUCCAAUUGGUUAAAAAGCCUGAAUUUAGAACAUUAUAUUUCUGAAUUCACAGCCCAUAAUAUAAAUGGAGAAUGUCUCCUUCAGCUGGAUGGCAGUAAACUUAAGUUCCUUGGUAUGACAUCUUCCCAGGAGAGAGCUGUGAUUAAAAAGAAAAUUAAAGAAAUGAAAGCAAAUUUAGAGAAAGCCCGCAAAGCUCAAGAGAAGAUGGAAAAGCAAAGGGAAAAACUUAGGAAGAAGGAAAACGAUCAGUUUCAAAGGAAGUGCAGAAAGCUGGAAAAGCAAUCACCGGAACCAAUUCAGGGGGCUAAUGAGCAGUGAGACGCCAGAAUUAACUGUGCUUUCUAAGUACAUGAAGAUGGUUUUGGAAAAGCAACACUGUUUUCUUCAUUAAAAAGAAAGUUUUGCACCUCUAUCUGAAGCUUUUCUUAAGGGAGACAAAUCAUGACUGGCUAUUCCUGCCCCUGUAAACAUGUGGAUACUUGGGAUGUAUUUGGCAAUUCAGAUCACGGUGGCUUUAUUUUUUUUAAUAGCUCAGCAACCCAGGAUGGGAUGUUGCUCCUUUAACCUCUCGAUGCUGCCCUGGCAUACUUGUCCUCGUUUGCAUUGGACCUCCUUGUUUGUCUUCAGACACAGAAUUAUGUAACUUUUACACUAUAAAUUAAAGUGCCCUGGAAACAGGCCAGGGUUAAAAGAAAAGAUUCAAUGGACCUGCAAAGGUGAAUAACCAGCUAAACUGUGUAUCAGUGACUACACAUGGAUAACAGGGCACAUCAAAUGUUUCAAUCUUUUCCUCUGCAAGUGGGCUUCAAGCCACAUCCGUGCUGAGGGAGGAUUCCGCUUCAUCCUAGCACAGUGUGGUGUCAGGAUCUGAAAUGAUACCGAAAUAACAGGUGCAGCGGAGUUCAGUCACUCUCUUGCAUUUCAAUGGGGAAGGCAGCCCUUUUGUUAUCAGCACCCCACAUUUCUCCCCUCCCAGGAACUGUAGCUAAAGAACAAUGAAAGCAAGGCCUUAAUGUGCUGUGUGACACUAGAGAGUAACAUUUAUUCUCUGAAUUUAUAUGUAUAGUUGGAUUUCUAAAUCUAAGUUGGUUUGUAAUAAAGUACAAUUUUUCAAUGUUUUUCUUGAGGAAGGUAUUUAAUUGCACUUUCCAGUAGCAUGAUACCCUUUUCUUUUCUUCUUUUUCCUAAAAGAAUUAACAUUUAUUUGAUCAGCAAGAUGAUCUACCUUUUGACUUCCCUUAAACCAGAAGGCAAAGUUGAUUAUAUCCCUUGGCAGAGCUGAGGUUUCACCUGCUAAAAUUGACUUUCAAAGUCACUUUCAAGUAUAUAUAUAUUUCUUUUUUUCUAAAGGGAAGAAGAAAUUUUUGCCAUUUAAAAAGCAAUGUGUUUUUUAAGCUGCCAAAUAAUAAAAGAUUGCCAGCUAUCUUGUAGUAAAAUACUGAAGAAGAAAAAAGCUAUAGCUCUAAAAAUGUACUUUGGAUGUUUUCCCCUUAACGAGAAUAAUCAGGUAGAAUCAAAAGCUCAGGCUUAAAUAGGUGGGUCAAAGAAUAGUGUAAUCUUUGAUUUAAGAAGAAUUAUAAUUCUUAAGUAUUGAUCCAGGUGAAAGUAAGUUCUUUAAAAUUGUAUUGAUUCAUUGGAGAGAUUUAAACAUGCACUUAACUUAUCCCUCCUUUAAAAUCAGUAGGAUGUUUGUUUUAGUUGUGGCAAUUAAUAUUUUGCCAAAUGAUGAACUCAGUUUCCCUUUUAAUUGAUUAAAAUAAUAUAGAUAAGAUCUGGUUCUAACUGAGUUUAGCAUAGGCUUUUCUUUUCUUUUUAUUUGGUUUUGGUGAUACUGCAUUAUAUAGAACUAUAAACUGAAACUGAAUCUGAUUUGGAAACAGAUAGGUGACUUUAAAGAAUGACCACUUUAAAAGAAGUUUGUUAUGAUCAUUUAGCUAGCAUCCAGAUUUUAUUUAAGGCCUACCUGAACUUAAUUCUGGAAUUUUUACAAGAUAAUUUCUUAACUACAGGAGCUCAAGUUUCCAUUUCAGUCUCAGUGGCUUUGUUAUGCCUGUUCUACUUGCAGUGCUCUGUAUGCCAUAUGCAUUUUUUAAUUGCCAGGACCCUCAUUCCUCUCCAAUCCUACUCAGUAAUUCUGUGUUUGUAUUGCAAUACUUAAGUUGAAACCUGCAGCUAUAAUAACAAAACCUUGCCAGCAUAUCUGAUGACUUGAAAGUCCUAACACUUCUUUUUGAGCCAGAAAGGACCAAGAGUACAAAAGAAAAAGAAAAAAGAAACAUCAAAUGGAAGACACUUGUCUUCUAGGAGACUGAUUGAACAAAAAACCUCUGAGAAUGGUCAAAUUCAACUAAUUAAUUUAGUGUAGAGGUUAAAUGCUCUAUUUGAGCAAAAGAGGGAUAUCUGAAAAGGAACUUUCUUUUACCUCCGAAGUUAGUAAUUGAAUUAAAUGCAUUUCUUCUGCUUUUGUUAGGUUUAUUGGUAAUUUAAGAUGGAUGUAACAUCUAAGGACAUGUUCCUCUCCUUUAUAUAAUUUAUGUUCUUUAUUUUAUAUUUCUAAGAUUCCUGAAGACUAUAUAUUGCUUUGUAGAAUGAUUUUACAUUCCUUCUGUGUAAAGUGUGUGAUGUUGCACAUAACUAAUUUGAUGUAUGUUCUGCAAAUUAUCCCCUUAUUUUCUUCUGUGUUUUGUGAUAAUUUUAGACCUGAGCAUUGAAUUUUAAGUUUUUUAAAAUAAAAGUAAUUAUUUAUACAUAAGAAAGAAAUAUAUAAAAUUAACACUCCCAUUGAGUAAAUAAUAGAUACAGAAUGGAUCAGACCAAACCUUGCGUCUCCACCGGUAAGAGCCAAAUUAUAUCUUAUUUGCUGCUUUUCUUUUUUCCUCUUCAUUUCCCUCCCUCCAGGUGUUUGUGACAAUGCUUCUAAUCUCUGCCCAUUAAUUAUUUUUUUAAUAGGAAUUGCUAUAGUAAAGUGAGUUAGGAUGCUCAUGUCUGCCUAACAACAACACUAUUUUCUUUCACAAGUAUACAUUGUGGAAGACCUGCACUUCUUUAACUUGUGCUUGUUGGACAAUCAUUAAAGGUACAUUAGGUAGCCAUUAAAUUACCCUAGAAUGUUGGCAGAAUCUAGUGAAUAGAUACUUGAACAGGAGAAGGACUGCUACUUCAAACUGUAAGCAUUCAAUGAUUACUAUAUUGCAAGAAAAAGUUAGAGUGAUAAUAUAACUUUGCUAACAUCUAUUGAUUAUCUGGAUUGUUGCAGGAUAACAGAUAAAUAAACCAGUAGAUAAAUUUAUUGAUUAUCUGGAUGGUUGUAGUAGCUUUUAACAGGAAGCAGGAUCAAGUCCACCUUCCUUCCCUUGUUAACUCAGAAAAUGAAAAUCUUGAAGGAUUCCAAAACAGAUCAAAUAUUUAUUUGAUUUAUUUAGUUAGCUGAAGGGCCAUCUUUUCCUGGUCACAUCUACUGACCCACCAGAGUGGGUCCUCUGUCCUAAGAAGGUACAUCUGGCAGGACCCAGAAGAAGAGCCAUAGUGGCUUCAUAGUGGCCCCCUCCCUUUGGAACAUCAUUCUUGCAGAGAUUAGAUUGGCCUUCACUUUGAUACUCUUUCACAAGGCCCUGAAGACCCUGGUUUUGCCAAUGGGCUGGGGGAACCCAGAGUGGAAUGGACUCCAUCAACUGGCUUGUCUGAUUGAUUGAUGUUACCAGAGGAUGAGUUUUUUUUAAUUGUUUGUAUGUUGGGUGUUUAUUUUUGUAAGCUGCUCAGAGUCAUUGACCACGAGUGGGCAGCUAUGCAAAUUUCCUUAAAGAAAUAUAAAUAAUUGUACCCACAAUCAGGCUGUAGCCAAACUAUUAGUAAAAUAGUAACUGGAGAUAAUGUGAAAGAAGUAAAAUUGAAAGAAGAUUAGGCCUCAAAGAUUGAGGUCCUUCUCCUUCCGCUCUUAUACAGGAUUCAUAUCUAAUGAAUUUCUUAACCUUCACUUUUGUACUGUGAACAUUUUUUGUAUUUUGGUUGUUGAGUAAACCUUUACAAGACUCCCAAUAUCUGUAAAGUAAAACUUUUAAUGAUAUCUGACUCAAGAUACUUACUAAAAAAGCACUAACAAUCGCUCUUAGACUUAUAUACUGCUUCAUAGUGCUUUACAGCCCUUUCUAAGCAGUUUACAGAGUCAGCAUAUUGCUCCCAACAAUCUGGGCCCUCAGAUUGUGCUUUACAACCCUUUCUAAGCAGUUUACAGAGUCAGCAUAUUGCUCCCAACAAUCUGACCUUGGAAGGAUGAGUCAAUCUUGAGCCAGUCAGAAUUGAACUGCCAAACUGCUGGCAGCAGGCAGUCAGCAGAAAUAGCGUGCAGUAGUACUGCAUUCUAACCACUGUGCCACCAAGGCUCUUGAAUGGGGUGAGGGAACCCAUGUAAGAACUCACCAAAGCCUAUAGGUUAUCCUGUUAAAAUAUCUGGAAGAAUAAUUACUUGCUGCCAAAUAAUCCUGUGCACUGGUACUAUUCGAUGUGUCUUAUUCAAUGUGUCUUUCUCUUUUUGAAGUAUGAGCUUUGUUGCUUUGAUUCUUGCAUCUUUCCUGAACUAAGGCAGAAAUGGUUAAAAAAUGAAAGAUUUACCUGUGUUGCUGAUCUUAGCCUCGUGUGUUAAUUAAAACAGCCAUGAAAUUUAAAAUCCAAAAAGACUGCUUGAAUUACUAUUUAACUUUUAAAUCUUUGUGUCUAAAGGCAUUGGUUAACAUUUUGCAGUUAUUCAACUUAAAGUGUAGAGGAGAAAUCUUUAGCAAGGAUCUGUCAGGGUGACCUCUGUCUUACUGCCUAUCAUCUGCACUUUGGCUGACUCACUGGAUUUAGUCCUUGGCUUAAAAAUAAUUUGUCAAAGAGUUUGCUUUACUAUCAACCCAAUGAGACAGUAACAAAUAACAGCAGUUUCCAGAGUUCUGUCAAGCAAGCAAGCAUCUGAGUGAAGAAUGGUUUGCAUAGCUAGCAGUUAAGGUUUUGAAUCUUUUCUGUCAAUGACCCAUUCAGGAAACUACUUUCAUUAUAAUGUUCUUAAGCAAGGGAAGAUACUUGUUCAUUUAUAUAUCUUUACACAAGAGUCCACUUGGAUGUAUACAUUUAAUUAUAUAUUCAUCCUAUCAAUGAAUUUAGUCAUGCCCUGUCCUGGGAAUUAGUAAGUGAAACUGCCUGUUAUAAAUUUAAUAAUGUGGCUUCUGAGAUUUUAAGAAAAUUCUGCUUUGAAGUUACAUUUGUUAAUGUUUCUUCUGGGUAUCUUUAGUAUCAACCAUAUUUAUGUUGCUAAAUCAUACUCAGUUAAUGACUCUUCUUGAUUUUAUUGUAUUUGUGUUAUACUGGAAUAAUAUCUAUUUAGACGUCUGUGAUAUGGCUCUGAAAAUGCACUGUUCAAUAGUCUCUUGUAUGUAAGAAGAGACAUUCUUCUUACAAGAGACUUUUGUGAGUGUAAAUUAUGCAGUGCACAUAACGUAUUAAUCAUUGAAAUUUAUUUUUUUUAACUGUUAAUUACUGCUUCUUUCAUAUGAACUUUUAGAAAAGACUAUUAUGCAAUAACUAAUUAUUUCAAUAAACUUGCUAUCCUUAUCAUUUAUGAUUCGGUGAUGGUAACAGAAGAAGGUGCAAGUUAUCUGGAAGACAAUCGUAAUAUAGAUCUUUCUCAUGGUAAACCCCCCUUCCAAACACAUCAGGUGAUCACCUUAGAAAGAUGUUAAAUUAUGUAUUCAUAACUUGUUCAUAUUCUCCUAAUGUCCUCAUAAUGCUGUGACAAUCAAGAAAGAAAAGAAGUAAGAAAAUUUACAGAAUCUAGUGAAAUUAUGCUGAUUCCUGGUGGAAAUGCUGCUGUGUUACCAAUAAUUUCAAAAUCCUGAGAUAAUUUACAGUGGUUAGUUUUUGAUGGACGUUUGCUAUUUAGGGCUAGGAUUAAUUUGAGAUUAUUGAAGCUGCUCCCAUAAAGGACAAAAAAUAAAAUGAAAAGGAAGGAAACUAAAUCAGUACACUGAGAGAUUCUCACUGUUUCACAUUUUAGUUCCUGUUUUUGGAAAGCCAUAUUCCAGAACAAACUCUAUUCCUAAAUUUUAAAGCAGCUUAAAUUCAAACCCACUCUAUAUCUGUGUCCUGCGGCUUUAAACUUUGGUUUGUUGGUCAAAAAAGAAUGAAUGGCACAGCUAUUUUGGAGGUUUUAUGUAUCACUUGCAUGUAAUCCUGAUAUUUAAUUUUGUACAUCUGGGUGUCAGAUCUUUUGCAUGAAAGAUGCUGAAGCGCUAUGUUUGUACUUUCUCAAUUUUUCCUUAAAUAACUUCCAGGAAAAAUAUUCUCUCUACAUUUGGAGGCCUAAAACAAAAAAGCCAGUUUCCGUUUGUAUUACAGAUUUUUAAAGUUUGUGAUUGAUUUGUUAGUGUAUAUAACUUUAUUGCAAACAAGUAUUGUUAGACAAUGAAUGCAAUAAAAGAACUUUAAAACUUA